AUGACCCGGGGCGGUGUGGGCCAGGGGCCCGUGGCGCGUGGUCGCCCCUCGCCCCGUGGGGGCCCAGCGCAGCCCCCCAGCGGGCCUGUGCAGCAGGAGGAGCACGGGCAGGAGCUGGAGCAGGAGCUGGAGGCGCUGCGGGCCCAGCUGGAGGCCGAGCGUCUCCUCUCCCAGGAGCUGCACCGCCGCUUUGCUGAGGAGAGCCGAGAGCUGAAGGAGAGGGCAGAGCAGGAGCGGCAGCAGCUGGCCGAGCAGCUACGCGCCAAGUGGGAGCAGAAGCGGGCGCGGGAUCUGCAGCGGCUGCGGGAGGAGGCCCAGAAGCAGCGGGCAGCGGAGAUCCGCCAGCUGCUGCGAGAGAGGGAGGCAAAGCUGCAGCAGGCUCUGGAGCUGCUCCAGAAGAAGCGGGACGCCGCCGUCCGCCAGGCGCGGGACCUGCAGCGGCAGCUGGCCGAGGAGCUGGUGAGGAAGAUCUGGAGCGGCAGCGAGGCCCGCAGCAAGCUGCAGGAGGUCCACAGGCAGCUCCGCUGGCGGGCGGACAGCAAGCUGGCCGCCCAGAUCGUGAGCCUCCAAAACAAGCUGAAGCUGCAGAGAAGACUCUUCGAGCAGUACAUCCUGGAGAACCCUCUAGGAGAGCCGCGUGCCUCCGACCCCGGACCCAGGGCCGCAGCCUGGCACCGCCUGCAGAGUCUGUGGGGCACAGGAGCCCCCGGGCCCGGCUCUUCGAAGCGCCCCGCUGCAUCCGCUGCUGCUGCUGGAGGAGGGCAGCGGACAGCCCGCUGCAGCGGAGAAGACGCUCCCCUCCAGGGAGAUGGCGAGAGCGGCGGGCGGGCUGUCGCAGACGUGGGGGUUCAGGUCGAAGGGCAGCAAGAGCCCUGUCCCCCUGGCAGCGGAGACAGCCUGGAGCAGAGAGCUCAGCCGCAGCAUGCCCUGAAGGCCCUGGGGAGGCAAUGCAGGGCCCUUCAAGAGGAGAUCCGCCUCCUGAAGGAGAGCUCCCUCGCGGAAAGCUCCCUGCUGGAAGCGAGGGCGGAGGCGGGGAGGCUCAGGGAGAAGGUCAGCAGCCUGGGCCUCCUUACCAAGAAGCUGAGAGAAAAAGCCAGGCAGCUGAAGGAGCUUGCCCCAGAAUCUGGGCAGACCGCUGCACAGACGGAGCAGGUCGACCAGCAGCAGAGAGGGCAGCUGGAAACCGAGGCCGGGAACAGACUUCAGCUGCAAGAGAAACUGGAUCGGGAGCGUUCCAGGCUGAAGAACAGGUACGAGGAGCUGAAAGCGCGUCUGGCAGAGAUGAGAAGCGAAAGUGCCAGGCGCGCACAGGACAGUUCUCAGCUCCGUGCCCAGGAGGAGUGGACAGAGGAGGUUUGCUCUGAAAACGCGGCUCUGAAGGGGAAACUCGCGCAAAUGACAGAGCUGCGAAAUUCUACCCUCAGCGAGGCCCAACGUCUUCAAACACGACUGAAAGACCUGGGCUGCGAGCUGAAAGCCAUGAGACAACUGGCCGAAAAAACGCAGCAACAGGAGAAGGACCUCGAGGAAACAAAGCGACUGCUGCAGAAGAGAAAAGAGGAAGCUGAGCGUUCGCGCAGGGCUUGGGCAGAGCAAAGAAGGACACAAGGGGAAGAGAUGGAAGCGUCUCGAGCGCGGCUGAGAGAGUUGGAGGAGCGGUAUCGGCUCCAAAGCCAACAAUGUGAGCUGCUCUCUCGGCAGCUGGAGCAAGAAAAAGGCAAAAAAUCCAACUGGAUGGGCUCACAGCUACCCCAGGGGCCAUCUCCCACAGCACAGGCCUGUGCAGAGCAGUCCCCGGACCCUGUGGGUCCUGGGCCCUGUGGCUGGGAAGAGGACCCUGUGGGGGGGACCGGAGCAUCAGGAGCAGAGCAAGUGUCCUUCGCCCUGCAGGCCCUGGGACAAGAACCGCUAAAGCUUCGAAGGUUUCUAGCUCGACAGAGCUACGAUCCCUUCCAGGGUCCUAACGAGCACCCCGAAGAAGAGCUUCCUCUGACCGCGGGAGAAUACCUCUAUGUCCUCGGAGACAUGGAUGAGGACGGCUGGUUUGUGGGCGAGCUGACGGAUGGCAGGAGAGGAUUUGUCCCCUCUAAUUUGGUAGAGGAAAUUUCAGAUGAUGGCCUGGAGCCAGCCGUGCCUCCGGAGCUCCGUGGUCUCCUGCAGGACAGCGAUGACGGAGUGAGCUUUUGCAGCAGAUGUGGCAGGAGGAAACGGAGGAAGAAACGGAGGAAUAAAUAA